AUGCUCAUCGACGGUCAGAAGUGGGCUUGCGAAGCUUGCAUUCGAGGUCACCGAGUGACUAGUUGCAAACAUCAUGAUCGACCGUUAAUCCGCAUCAAGCGCAAGGGCCGCCCCUUCGCAACGUGCUCAAUUUGCAACGCCACGCCCUGCGAGGCACCAACGGAACACGCGCGCCUGAAGCGCGAAGCGGAGCUUAAAACUCCAUCCUCAAAAAAAGCAACCCACGCCAGACUAUACCCGCGUCAUCCCAGCUCGAACGGCUUCCUCCCCAUCGCUCCUCGACCGUCGGGCAGUAGUAGUAGCGCCAAAGACACGACUGGCGCUUCGUCGGCGCGUGUCUCGCGCUCCGGGUCGACCUCUGCGGCUUCCGUGUCGUCGUCCCAGACCCCCAUUCGCGGUUCGCAAUCUUCCUCGCGCCGCACCAAGGUCCGCGGUAGUGUGGGAGAGUGGUCGGGCUCCGAGGGCUCGGGGAAUGAGUCCUGUGGUGGCAGUUAUGCCCUCCCGUCUACAUCUUCUGCCAUGGCCGCGCUCUCGGUUUCGGCCGAUAUAAGUCGUACUGGAUCUAGCCAGAGUAUUGCUCGCUCCGGGCAGGAUACCCUGACGCUGGACCCGGCGAUGUGCGAAAAUAUGUUUGACCCCAUGUAUUCCCUCGCCGCGGCCUCGUCCUCCGUGUCUGCGGCUGGGUUGGUUCAAAACGUGCCGAUGAUCAGCCCGCUGGAGGGUACUAAUCCGUUUGAUUUCCCGCUGGAUCCGGCCCUGACACUCGAUGAUGGGGCUUUGGAAUAUCUGGAUGAUAUGGAUUUGACAGAGGGGUUGACAGACGAGGUUUUCCAUGUGGAGGAUUGGUCAAGGUAUAUGUGGUCGCCAGAGACGGGAUUCGAGCAUUUAGACACAGGCUAUCCUGCUGCGUCUCAAUAA